AUGCUAGGUUAUAGCAGAUAUUAAUGUAUAUUUAAGGUUAUCGAUUAGAUUUACCCAAUAAAUUCUCACUUUUAUACUAACUUUGAGUGUGUGGGGGUUGGGAAAUCAGCCACAUGCCUCCUGAAAUAUCUGCUUAUAUCUUAAAUGCAUAUGACUAAACCCACAAUGAGCAGUGCAUGUGGAAGGAGCAGCACAGAUCAGCUGAUCAAAACAAAUUAUUUAUUUCUAAGGAAUUCGUUUCUCAGCGUUACUAAAUCCGAUUUUAAGGUUCCUCAACUAGCCAAAUCCCACUUGAGCCUGUGCCUGUAACUAAACAACCCAUGAAACAUAGAGAAACCUACAGUAAAAAGAAAAACUACAGAUUCCUAACUCAAUCACAGCGCCUCUCUUUGUAGACAGAAAGUGAGAAAGCUGGAUUUUCUUAAACUACAUUAAACACUGUGUUUUUGGUGCUUGUCAUGUUGGUCUCUGCCUUUCUCAGUGGCAUUUUGCAGGUAUGCGAACCCCCUGCAUAUCGUAUUGGCUAAAGAAAAGUGCCCUAUCACUGAUACGGGUCUCCUUACAUAAGAAUGAAGUUUGAGCCUUUGUGUUACCGUAUCCGCUCAGCAGCUACAACACCGCGGCUGACGAACAUCCGGGUAUUCUGUCGAGAUGGUCAUGGCGGAGGGUACUGCAGUUCUCAGGAGGAAUCGGCCUGGAACCAAGGCGAAGGAUUUCUACAACUGGCCGGAUGAAUCAUUUGAGGAGAUGGACAGCACCCUGGCUGUCCAACAGUAUAUUCAGCAGAACAUCCGGUCAGACUGCUCCAAUAUCGACAAAAUCCUGGAACCUCCUGAGGGUCAGGAUGAGGGCGUGUGGAAGUAUGAGCACCUUAGGCAGUUCUGCCUGGAGCUCAAUGGGCUAGCUGUGAAACUGCAAAGUGAGUGCCAUCCAGACACCUGCACCCAGAUGACAGCCACAGAGCAGUGGAUCUUUUUAUGUGCUGCCCACAAGACACCCAAAGAAUGCCCUGCCAUUGAUUACACCAGGCACACGCUGGACGGAGCUGCCUGCCUUCUUAAUAGCAACAAAUACUUCCCCAGCAGGGUGAGCAUCAAGGAGUCAUCAGUGGCGAAGCUGGGCUCUGUUUGUCGUCGCAUCUAUAGGAUAUUCUCUCAUGCUUACUUCCAUCAUCGCCAGAUAUUUGACAAGUAUGAGAAUGAAACGUUCCUGUGUCACCGGUUCACACGCUUCGUGAUGAAGUACAACCUGAUGUCCAAGGACAACCUGAUCGUUCCCAUCCUGGAGGAGGAAGUGCAGAACACCUCUUCAGCUGGGGAGAGCGAAGCCUAAGAGAUGGCUCCUGCUGCUGCCACCAUAAGGGAGACACAUGUAAACAUAUUUCUACAUUACAGAGGAGACGCAUUCAUCUCUCUCACACACACACACACACACACACACAGACACACACACCCCCCAGUGUAUUGAGGCUCCCGUCUAGUAACACUGUCCAUGUCCCUCCUCCCCAGUCACCUGUAUCUAUCUGAAAGGAAGUAAGGGUAAAGAUGACCAGGAGCAGAGUUCAGUCAUGCCUGCAGGACACAAUUAUAUUUUCUAUUUCCACUCAGAGGUUGGGGGUACAGCCCUGGUCUCACACUUCUCCUGUAGGGAAACCCUGUUCAUAACCCCGCAUGUCCACAGGAUCCAGCUUGUGUGCUCACGGCUCCGUGGCUGCUUCCCAGCACGCUGGAGGCAUUUAGUUUUCCAGCAGAUGAAAACACUCAUUUAGAUCCAUUGUGACUGUACUUGAAUUUAACGACCCUCUGUGCCUCUUUACUUCACUCGCCCACCAGUGUAGGCCAUCUCAGAUUUAUCUUCACUAUAUUUAGAAUAAAGGGAUUCAUUUUUUGUUUUUUAGCACACAUAAUCCUAUUUUAGAUGAGAAGAAAUAAAGGAAUCAUAAAUACCAUGUAAAUAAGGACAACUUUAACAGCAUUAACCAUGAAAGCUUAAAUACUGAUGGGGAACUACAGUGUGAAAGGUUUUACCCUCCAGCAGUUCCUGCUUAGAGGAGCAUUCUUCAGAUUUGAAGGAAAUAUGCAGCAGCUUUAAAGCUUGGAGUCAGUUUUGUAUGGUUGGCUAACGUUUGGAGCCCUUUUUAGUUCCCACACACUUUGAUUGUCUACAUUAUAACACAGUGUACCGAGCAUAGAGCACGAAGCUGUUCUCGCAGGUAUUCAUCCAUCCUCAGCAGUGACGGAGCCGUGACGCCACGUUGCCUCUCGCUCUGGAUAUUGCAGGCUAAUCUUCCUCAGGCAGCUGGAUUUGCAGAAAGCCUCUGUAACUAUGGUGACCUGUAUUGUUGAGAAAGGCCCACACUGACAGCUCUCCCUCCUUCUGUGUAUAUAAACCCUCUGCCACUCCUGUUUAAAUUCACUCAUGUUUUCUGUGCACUUUUCUCCUGACUGCUUCUGUUCUUUUUGCUUGUAUUGCCUACCAGUCCGAUUUGGGGGUGUCCCAUGAGAUGGAUCACUAAAUUAGCCUGCUGACUUAAUAAUGCUAUUAAAACACAAUGUAGGUGUGCGGUUCGUGUGGUAGUGAACAAAGAAAACCGUAAUCUCUUAGCUCUGUAUGUGUACUAGCAGUCAGAGAUUCUUUGGCCUUUGACAUGAUGUGUGAAGGCUGUUUGGCUAACUCUGAUCCUGCAUCGUGACAUGUCCCCACUUCAUAAUACUGUGUCCAGUGUGCCUGAUGUUCUCAUCUCCUGCAGCAUUGGGCAACGUUUAGUUGCUUUAAGCAUUCAAUAAGGCAUCAAGGAAGGAGAGAACAUCAGCCACAUUUACGUGUCAGAGCACAACCUUCUUUUACCCUCUCCCUCGUUAAGUUAUUUUGUGGGAGGAGCCUGAUCCAACCCACUUUUUUUUUUUUUAAUGAACUAAAAAAAAUUUUGUUACUGUUGACAUUUUCAUGUCUGUUAAUAAAAACAAAAAGACUAUUAUU